GGUGUCGCGACUAUGCGGCUUCACUCGACUCGCUGCAGGACUCUACGGCGUCUGGCAGGGGUCAUGAUUUGAUUUACUACGGCAAAUAAUAAUCUUCCCCUUUUUCAUUAGCAGCGGGCAGCUCGUCAGUUAGAGAGGUGAGAGGUUAGAAGCGCAGAGAUGGCGUGAGCUGCCAGAAGAUUAAGAUUUCACCAGCGAGGAAGUGAUCGCCGAGCCCCACGGAGGAAAGUAACGGUAGUUUGUGGCCGGAGGCAGCAUCGCCACUUCUGACUUUUUUCCCUGGGAACGAGUCAGUCCAUCCGCAAAGCUGUGCAGGAGAAUGAAGCCCAAUGCCGGGCACAGCCCUCCGCAGCAGGACAGCCUGGAGCUCUCUCCUUCUUCCACAUUAGCUGCCUCCUAAGCACAAGCGCCGUGUACGAAUCCUGCUGCAGGUCCUGCCAACUGUAACACCUCUGCUGGACCACAGGUGAGGAGGAGCGAGGAGGGAAAACAAGACCACCUGGGGGAGUCUGCUUCCUGCAGCCAUGGAGGAGGAGGUGGAGGCGGUGAGCAUGGAGUACCUGCUGGAGCAGGUAACGCAGAAGGACCUGGGGAAGAGGCUCCAGGUGGGCCAGGAGGUCAUGGAGCUGAUCCUGGAUGAGGAGAGGUCCCCGGAGCUGGAGCAGGACCAGAGCAUGCUGGACAGGAUGGUGGACUGCGUGGCCAGCUCCUGGGUCAAUUCCAGCAACUUCAAGGUGGUUUUACUGGGGAUGGAUAUCCUGUCGGCUCUGGUGAGCCGGCUGCAGGAGAGAUUCAGGACACAGGUUGGAACUGUCCUGCCCAGUCUUAUCGAUCGACUGGGAGACGCCAAGGAUCAAGUCCGAGAGCAGGACCAGGCACUUCUGCUGAAGAUCAUGGACCAGGCUGCAAACCCACAGUAUGUGUGGGAGCGAAUGAUGGGAGGAUUCAAGCACAAGAACAACAGGACCAGAGAGGGACUCUGCCUGUGUCUCAUCUCAACUUUAAACGUGUUUGGCUCUCAGAGUCUGACGCUCAGUAAAAUCGUUCCUCACAUCUGCAGCCUCCUCGGAGACCCCACCAGCCAGGUGCGUGAUGGCGCCAUGAACUGCCUGGUGGAGAUCUACCGGCACGUCGGAGAGCGAGUGCGGAUCGACCUGGGAAAGAAGGGCCUGCCUCAGUCACGGCUGAACGUCAUCUUCAGUAAGUUCGAUGAAGUCCAGAGGUCGGGGAACAUGGUCCUGUCACCUUUGUCGGACAAGAACUUCGAGGACGAUGACUCGGUGGACGGCGGCCGCUCCUCGUCCUCGUCCAAAGGAACCUCGCUGUCCGGGAGGAAGGCGGUGAGCAUGGGUUCAUUUCAACGCCAUGCCCCCGGCAGCAAGUCUGCAGGGAGGGACGGGUCCAGUGCUGGAGCCGUGGAUGAGGAGGACUUCAUCCAGGCGUUUGAAGAUGUUCCCACAGUGCAGAUCUACUCUAACAGGGAGGUGGAGGAAGCCAUGACGAAGAUUCGUGACGUGCUGUCGGACGACAAGCGGGACUGGGAGCUGAGAGUGGCAGCUCUGAAGAAAGUGCGUUCGCUGCUACUGGCCGGUGCACCAGAGUUCGACGGCUUCCUGCAGCAGCUGCGUCUCAUGGAGGCGGCGUUCAAGCUGUCUGCCAAGGACCUGCGAUCUCAGGUGGUGAGGGAGGCCUGCAUCACUCUGGGACACCUGUCGUCAGUGCUCGGCAACCGGUUCGAUCACGCAGCAGAGGCCAUCAUGCCAAUACUCCUCAACCUGGUCCCCAACAGUGCCAAAGUCAUGGCCACGUCCGGCGUGGCCGCCAUCCAUCUCAUCCUCAGACACACACACUACCCACGCCUCAUCCCCAUCAUCACCAGCAACUGUACCUCCAAAUCUGUGGCUGUGCGAAGGCGCUGCUUCGAGUUCUUGGACCUGCUGCUGCAGGAAUGGCAGACGAGCUGUCUGGAGAGGCACGGCACAGUUUUAAUGGAGACUAUAAAGAAAGGGAUCCAUGAUGCAGACGCUGAGGCUCGCUCUGUGGCCAGAAAGUGUUACUGGAGCUUCCACAGUCACUUCAGCCGGGAGGCGGAGCAGCUGUUCCAGGGCCUGGAGUCGUCCUAUCAGAAAGCUCUGCAGGCUCACCUGAGGAGCGGAGACAGUCUGAUGUCGCUGCCCGCCUCUGACCGCUCCUCCUCCUCUUCUCAGGAGAGCCUCAAUCGACCUCUGUCUGCAAAAAGCACUGUUGGGAGCAGCUCAGCCCGAUCCAAACCCGCCCACACCUCCAGGAUGCCGGCUGCCGCCUCCUCCCCCGGCUCACUCCAGCGCUCCCGCAGCGACGUGGACGUAAACGCUGCGGCCAGCGCCACCGCCCGCACGAGGAUGCCUGCCGUACCCUCCACUGUGCCGUCGUCGGCCUCGCCCUUCAGCUCUGCCUCGGCGCUGCCUCCUGGAUCCUACGCUUCACUGGACGGUUCGUGGUCUGUUAACGCAGACGGUCGAGUGCGAACAAGGAGGACAAGCUCAGGAAACGGUCCGUCAGUGACAGACACACGGGGCCGGAGUCGAGGGAAAGUCGUCUCUCAGUCCCAGCCUGGGAGUCGGUCAGGCUCUCCCGGGCGUCUGCUGAGCUCCACCUAUGGCCGGAUCCCCAGGCCCACCAUGGGCACCGGUGCCACUGCCGCCGCCACGGGUAGCACCUCCACCAGCCUGACCGACAAGAGCCGACCUCGAGGUCACCGCAGCCAGGGCUGCAGCCGAGAGACCAGCCCCACCAGAUCAGGCACGGCCCGGAGUCGCAUCCCUCGACCGAGCAUGAGUCAGGGCUGCAGCCGCGAAACCAGUCGCGAGAGCAGCCGCGACACCAGCCCGGCGCGGGGCUUCUCCCCCCUGGCGUCCCGCCGUCACUCCCGUUCCACCAGCGCCCUGUCCUCUGCAGAGUGCUACUCAGACCGGCUGUCCCAUCAGGCUCGGAUCUCUGCCUCAGUCAAUGCCAUGAGGAUCCUCAACACGGGCACCGAAGUCGAGGCUGCGGUCGCCGAUGCUCUGCUCUUAGGAGACUCGAGGAGUAAGGUACAGCGGAGGCCAGUGAGGCGGCGGUUCGAGUCGCCGGGGAUGUACUCAGACGACGACGCCAACAGCGACGCCUCCAGCGCCUGCUCUGAGCGCUCCUACAGCUCACGUAACGGCGGCGUGGCGCCGCACUACCUACGUCAGACGGAGGACGUGGCGGAGGUGCUGAACCACUGUGCCAGCGCCAACUGGUCCGAGAGGAAGGAGGGACUGCUGGGACUGCAGAACCUGCUCAAGAGCCAGAGGAUGCUCAGUCGUGUGGAGCUGAAGAGGCUUUGUGAGAUCUUCACCAGGAUGUUUGCGGACCCUCACAGCAAGAGAGUCUUCAGCAUGUUCCUGGAGACUCUGGUGGACUUCAUCGUGCUGCACAGGGACGACCUGUUGGACUGGCUCUUCGUCCUGCUCACACAGCUGCUGAAGAAGAUGGGCGCCGACCUGCUGGGCUCUGUCCAGGCCAAAGUCCAGAAGGCUCUGGAUGUCACGAGGGAGUCCUUCCCAUACGAGCAGCAGUUCAACAUCCUGAUGCGCUUCAUCGUGGAUCAGACGCAGACCCCCAACCUGAAGGUGAAGGUGGCCAUCCUGCGCUACAUCGAGGCUCUGGCCAGGCAGAUGGACCCAGCCGACUUUGUCAACUCCAGCGAGACACGCCUCGCCGUUUCCCGCAUCAUCACCUGGACCACCGAGCCCAAGAGCUCCGAUGUCCGCAAGACCCUUCAUAACUGGGCAGGGGAGGAUUUCUCAGGCCGAACCAGCACCGUGGCCUCUCUGCCCGGGGAGGGCAACCUGGAGGAGAGGUGCAAGCAGGCAGCCCAGGUGGUGUUGAUCGCCCUCUUUGAGCUGAACACUCCAGAGUUCACCAUGCUGCUGGGUGCUCUGCCCAAAACCUUCCAGGACGGGACAACAAAGCUGCUGCACAACCACCUGAGGAACGCCAGUGCCAACAGCAGCAUCAGCAUGGCGUCUCCCAGUAACUCGGCAGGUCGGACGCCCCUGCGACAGCCCAGCAGCCGCAGCAGCCCGCUGACCUCCCCCACAAACUGCUCCCACGGCGGCCUUUCCCCCAGUCGGCUGUGGGGUUGGAGCGCAGACGGCCUCUCCAAGUUCCCUCCUCCACCCUUCCCCUCCCCUCUUCCUCCACCCACUGCCCACUCCUCCCUCAAGGCCCUGCGGCGAGCUUACUCACCCAGCAUGCUGGAGUACGACAGCGAGAACCUGAACUCCGAGGAGAUCUACAGCUCGCUGCGCGGUGUCACCGAGGCCAUCCAGAACUUCAGCUUCCGCAGCCAGGAGGACCUGGUGGAACCGCUGAGGCGGGACGGCAAGAAGGAUGGCGUUAUGACUGGAGGCGGGGCUUCCUCGGACUCUGAACCUCGUCCCAGCGGUGAUGCAGUGGAGGGCGGGCGCACUGCCCUGGACAACAAGACCUCUCUGCUGAACACGCCGUCUCCUCGAUCCUUCGCCGGCCCGCGCUUCAGAGAGUACAACCCAUACAACUACACGGACGGCAUCAGUACGAUGGAUAAGGCUGCGCUGAAGGAGGCGCUGUACGAGGACGCUGUGGAGCAGCUGCGAGAAGGCCGCCGGCAGGAAAGUGUGGAAAACAAGAUCCUGAACCCCAAAGGUUUCCCAGCCGGGGCUGCUGAGCAGCUGGAGCUGGUCGGAGAGCUGCUGAAGGAGCUCUCCCAGGGCCAGGCAGGGGAGCGGGGCCCUGAGGAGCGCCGGGGGACCCUGCUGGAGAUGCUGAAGGUGGCCCGGGAGGACAGCUUGGUGGUGUGGGAAGAGCACUUUAAGACCAUGCUGCUGCUCCUGCUCGAAACGCUGGGAGACAAAGACCACACAAUCCGGGCACUCGCCCUGCGAGUCCUAAAGGAGAUUCUGAGGAACCAGCCCGCCCGCUUCAAGAACUACGCUGAGCUCACCAUCAUGAAGAUGCUGGAGGCCCACAAAGACUCGCACAAGGAGGUGGUGCGGGCGGCCGAGGAGGCGGCCUCCACGCUGGCGGGCUCCAUCCACCCCGAGCAGUGCAUCAAGGUGCUCUGCCCCAUCGUGCAGACGGCUGACUACCCCAUCAACCUGGCCGCCAUCAAGAUGCAGACGAGGGCCAUCGAACGCAUCACCAGAGAGCCGCUGCACCAGCUGCUGCCUGACAUCAUCCCCGGACUCCUGCAGGGCUACGACAACACUGAGAGCAGCGUGAGGAAGGCCAGCGUCUUCUGCCUGGUGGCCAUCUACUCUGUGAUCGGAGAGGAGCUGAAGCCUUACCUGGCUCAGCUGACCGGCAGCAAGAUGAAGCUGCUGAACCUGUACAUCAAGCGGGCGCAGACCUCCACCAGCAACAGCAGCAGCUCCUCUGACAUCUCCUCCUACUAACUCCUGCAGCUUCCAUCCUCGCAGACACGCUUAUAAACGGUUUCAUUCCAUCAGCCGGUGAUCGACCUGAGGGGCGACGUCACCACCAGUGGGAUCAUCAUCAGUUUCUUUGUAGGACCAGGUGCCUGGCACCUCAUCUUCUUGACCAGCUUCUGUUUCCCAAACCAUCUUCCAUCUCAUUCCUUCAGCUGCUGAUGGAGCUGAAGUCCCUGAGGAGCUCAUGCUGUCACGGCUCCAGUUUCAUGUCCAUCAUCCAUAAAGUUCAGCUCGUUUUUUGGAGGUAGGGUGACCCUGGCUUUUGAGACGUUUCAUGAAGAUCCACCACUAGAUGCAUUAGCCUUAAGACUUCAUCUUCCAUCUUCCAGUAUGGAAAUGAUAAAUUUUUAGAGGCCGUGUGCCUGAAACCAAGAUCUCCUCUUCCUCAUCUCAUCAUCGUCGUCUUUAAUCUCCUGGAUGUGAGGUGCAGUUUGAAGCCGAGGAGAUCGUGGAACCAUGAAGGACCUGAAGAGGAGAGUUUUUGCAGUGUAGCUUCCUCCUUCUGUCAGUAUUUUUAUUCCUUUUUAGUACCUUUAAUCCACUUCCUGGACACUGUUUUGCUUUGACACAUCAAACCUUUUAUUGAAUGUAAAGAGCUUUGAGUGAGUGCGAGUCUCCUUCGUGAACUACUGCCUCAUCGAUGGGACGUUUUCCAGUUUUUAACAUUUGAAUGAGUUGUUACAGAAAGUGGCACUACGGUCUUUAAAAGGCUGAAUCCCAGAGAUAAUCGAAAGAUCAACGCAAGCUUUAUUUUGAAAAUGGGCUCAUGCCUCUGUGAGUGCGAUGGGAGAAUCGACGGGGUUGCACUCAGUCCUGGAAUAAUCUAUUUCAAAAGAUGUGAAGCUCGUCUCAGUUUACAGUGAUUGAUCAUUUGGCUGGCCAAUGAUUUUAAGCACUACAAAUCAGCAAAGUUUUAUUGUUCUGGGCCCGAGAACCAGCAGAAAACAGCAGUGUUUAUAUUUGAAAGUCAUUUUUUAAGGUGUGAAAAAGAAGGAACAAAUUAUUUCUGUUUUUGUGGCACUCAUCAGUUAGAUUUCCAUUUAAUAGUCAAGGCUAAAUAUUUCACCUCACAGAUCACAGUUUUCUACCUGAAUUGGAAAAAAAAUGUCAAAUGGAAACGGCCGUGUUUUUAGAUGAAGAACUAGACUUGUGAGUGAGAGUUAUUUUGAAAUCACAGGUUUGCUUUAGUUAGCUGUCUAAAUGAGCUGUUGGAGAUGAGGUGGAGGUUUGAAAGAGACAGACCGCACACACAGAUUUAAUAUUCAGUGUUGGAAAUUAGAUUUGUCCUACAUGCGCGUGAACAGCACUUUCUUGUAUACGUGACUUUCACAAUAAAAGCUUUAGCAGCAGCAGGGUAAAUUUCAGCUGAUUAAACAGCUUACAGAAGCAUGUUGAAGAGCUGAUUGUAGGAUUUAAGUAAUCUUAACUUUAGUUUAGGAAGUUUUGAAAUUUAAUGCUGCCUUUUAUUUAUAUAAAUGUUGUUUUUAAGAAGGUUUUAAUAUAUUGCAGUGUUUGAGAAACAAGCUGUUAAAAUACUGCGUUGGACUUCAUUUCUAAUUGUUAGAAAAAGUUUGAAAAAUAGUGUAAUUAGUCUUUAAAUCAUCAUUAAAUUAUCAAUAUUUAUGUUUAAAUAUGUGUUCCAGUUAUCAACAUAAAAUGUGACUUCAUUUAAGCUUUCAUUACAGAUCUCUACAUAUGACACAAAGAUAACUCGGCAGCAGAAAAUACUGACCUAAACACGUGUCGAUUUCUCUGUAGCAUUUCUGCUGAUGUGAACAUAGCAGGCAGAUUUAUUGAAAGACAAAGAUUUCUUUUAAGUUGUGAUAGGAAGGAAAUUUUGCACACAACUGUAGAACAUGGAUGGAUGGAUGGAUGGUCUGCCCAGUACUUUUUUGGGUUGAUCCUAAAUUUAAGGAGAGCUUUUCUUCUUUUCCCCUAUUUCCGGUCAGAACUUUAAAUGCAUACUUUCAUAAAAGUAGAUAUAAGAACCAGGACACUUAAAGCAAUACUUUCCAAUUACACACAAACAUUUAAAUAUUAUCACUAAUUUCAAGUAUAGCACUAAUCCAUCUUCUUAUUUAAAAAAAAAAAAAGAAGUAUUUAUUUAUUAAAAAAUGUAAAAAAUGACUGUCAGCUUGACAGACUGAGGACCACAAUAAGAAAAAUUCCAAAGAAAACAUAUUUUUGGUGAUUGCUUUGGUCGUUCACUCAUUUGGACUGUAAAUAUCCUCACCAUCAUCUAAUUUAUGUUAGACAACGUAAAGACUGAACUCACAUUGUAAAUGUUAAUAAAAAAAAUGCACAUUUUGUGACCAAAAGGAGACAAUAAUUAAAUACAGAUUUAUGAUUUUUUUUUUUUUCAGGCCAAAGGUAGAAAGCUUCUCAUCGUCCUACGUAAAUAUGAGACUGAUAUAACGAACAAAAAAGAUUAAAUUGUCUUUUAUUGAGUUUUAAAUGGAAAAUCAAGCUGAUGAGUGUCACAUAAGUUUAAUUUUUUUUUCAGCUAUGGUGGGUUUUUAGUGGCUGUCAAAAACUAAAAGGUCAAUCAGCUCCUAAUUAAAACCACUGUAAUGACAGCAGUGUUGCUCUCUCCUGUGAAUUGAACGGCCCAGCUUGGGUUAAACUGGGAGUUGAUUAGUUUUGAUGACUGCUGUCAAGUUUAGACUACUGUGAUUAGGGGACUUUCAUUCCAAAAUACUGUAAUAUAUAUAUUAAAGCUCAAGCUGAAGGUCAAAAUAAAGGCCUAAAUAUCUCAGAAAUAGUAUUAGCGGCCGUGCUCUCUGCAUCAGCGGCUCCCAAAUCGAAUGUAAGUCACUUUUUUGACCUUUAAAAUGUGAAUGACAAACCUGUGGGAAAGAUUGACGAUCUGAAUCAUUAGAUGCUACUACAUGAGCGCGACAAUGCUGAACUGCUGAAUGGUGAAGUGCCAGUGGUAAAAAAAGAAACAGAGUGGACAUUAGCAAUAAACUUCAAGAAAUCCAGCUGGGAUUUCCUUGUGGAAACACUGUAGAUUCCCAUUUAGGUCCUCCUUUGAGACGCUCCGCCGGUCAGUGUAAAAAAGUGUCAUUUUCAAAUAAGCGCACCUAUAAUUAAACCUUCUGCUGCUUAUUAUAAUACUAACAAACACGCCUAACCACUCUGGUGUAUGUACUUUAUCUCAGCAGGAAGUGUAGGUGAAGCGAUGACGAUGGAAAAACGACUGAAAUUUUUAAUAGUGAUUGAUCGACUGACUUUCCUGGUGCUGAACUCCGCCCAUCACGCACACUGAGUCCAAACAAACGCUCCAGAGGGGGCAGAAGAUGAGAAAUAAUCCAACAUUUCCAGCAAAGUGAUUUGUUUUCUUGCUGAGAGUCAGAUGAGAUUACAGAGAUUCCAUUCUGUAAAUUUGGACCCUUUUCCCUUGUGUAGAAAUGGCUUGCGUGGGGAUCCGAACAUUACAGAUCAUCCAUCAUUACAAGCUAAAUUUUAGAUAUUUACAAGAAUGUCAGAACUUUAUCUGAUUUUUCUAAGCAUUUAGCUUAAUUUAACUACAUUUUCACUAACUAACAUACAAUAGUAGACAGUGCUAAGGAACAUCCAAGUAAAAUCCUAGAAUUUGACUCCGUAAAACGAAAACUUCUUGAACAGCUAAUCACAGCAACACAAUGCAUAUCAUGUGUCAGAUAACUGCAUUAAAAUGCUCCAAAAGGGACUGAGCACAAACUGCCACUACAUGCUGAUGAUGUGAUUCUAUUUAUUAUCCAAAUAUAUUAAUCACCUCAAGCCAGAGGUCCAGUUUAGGAACUCCAAUAGGCUGAGGUGAAGUCUACCAGACAGCUAAAACCUAUAGCUGCCUGUGACACACCAUCUGGCCAUCAAGCAGAUAGGCCACGCCUUAAUACAUGUGAAACAGGUGAUCCCAGUGUAGCAUGGUCUCUACUUUAAACUAGUGGAAUUUCUCAGUGAAAUCAAGCUUUGUCUGUCAGUCUGGUUUUUAUGAAAUUACAAUACCUACAAAACUUUGCAGCUCUUGCUCUGACCAAAACUGUUUUUGUAGCAGCUGUGAAGAUGUUUACUUCAGCUAUAAAUUUGGACAUUUUACCACAGUAGUCUAUGGGGACACUGCCUCUAGCACACAUUAGAGGAUUUUCAGUUUCAGCAUUAGUUUUACUUCCAACCUCUGGGGCUGAAAAGUGAAGCCAAUAUGGAAUCUGUGUUUACAUCUUCAGAGGUAGUGUGUUGUCGGAUGCAUGUAGAAAUAAAAAUGCUUUCUGUUCUUCCAAAAUGCUAUACCCACCCUCUCGAGGGUCCCAGUGUUUAUUUCUGCACAUUCCUGCAUAUACGUCUGACUCUCAGUAAAAAGCAAACAUUUCCCAGAAUGUCUUUAAAAGUGAAGGAUGUUUCCAGGCCUUACUGAAUCUCUUCCGACACAUUACUUGGACUGUUAAAUGUACUGUACCAGUGGCCGUUGUCACUCUUCUCAGCUUUGAGAAUCUGAUCAGCGUUUCCCUCUGAACUGAAUGUCGAAGUCCUCCAUAGCGUGUCCAGUCCAGUGGUGCUGAUCCGGUGUUAAACUUGCUGCAGUUUAGGCUACAGUUUUGGCAACUAAAACUCAGUUCCCUUUAUUUCAAUCUACAGUGUAACUUGAAACUGUGUCUGCAUGAGUGUGUCACAGGAAUCGUUAAAUGUAGUCAACUUGAAAUUAAGAUUUGAGAACAUUAUUUUGAUUUCCUGAUUGAGUGCCUUUGAGGAAAGAUUUCUUGCAAUACACCUGGUUGUUCUGUCCAAUACUAACCUGUACUAACACUAUGAUUCACUGCUUCUGAAGGCGAGAAGAAAACCUUUUAAUGAUGCUGUAAAUACGCUUCAAGCUUUUUUUUUCCCCAUUCAAACGACUUACAGUGCAUGGCUCCAGUUUGGUUUUUUUAGUUGGUUAGUUUCCUUUCAUGCUACACAGUAUUUAUAUUCUGUUUUAUUUCCCUGUGUAUGACUGUAUAUAUUUACAUGUUUGGUUCUCUUUCACCUGUGAUAGAUUUCGCAGAACUUGAAAUAAACUAUCAGACUUCUUUUCUC